AUGCCUUCCGCCACGAACGGAGUGCCCAAAAUCGACAUACAAGAUGGAACAUCAACCCCUGGAUCAGAGGCACCUUUCUCUGCCAACGACAACAUCCGUCGUUUCAAUCCUCCUUCUAGGGCGAUGACUCCUUUGCAAAAUGCUCUCUUUCACAACAAGACUCGAUGCUUCGUCUAUGGUAUGCAACCGAAGGCCGUCCAGGGCAUGCUCGACUUCGAUUUCAUUUGCAAGCGAUCAACACCUUCCGUGGCCGGUAUCAUCUACACCUUUGGCGGUCAAUUCGUCAGCAAGAUGUACUGGGGAACCAGCGAGACUCUCCUCCCUGUCUACCAAUCCGUCGAGAAGGCCUUUGAGAAGCACCCAGACGUCGACACGAUUGUGAACUUUGCUUCUUCUCGAUCAGUCUACAGCUCCACCAUGGAGUUGAUGAAUAUCCCCCAAGUUCGCUCGAUUGCGAUCAUUGCUGAAGGUGUCCCUGAGCGUCGUGCCCGCGAGAUCAUGGUCAAGUCGAAAGAGAAGGGAAUCACAAUCAUUGGGCCUGCCACCGUUGGUGGAAUCAAGCCUGGUGCCUUCAAGAUUGGUAACACCGGCGGUAUGAUGGACAACAUUGUUGCUUCCAAGCUCUACCGCAAGGGCUCUGUUGGAUAUGUUUCCAAAUCUGGUGGUAUGUCCAACGAACUCAACAAUAUCAUCUCACAAAACACCGAUGGUGUCUACGAGGGUAUUGCCAUUGGUGGUGAUAGAUACCCCGGAACUUCUUUCAUCGACCACCUGCUACGUUACCAAAACGAGCCAGAAUGCAAAAUCUUGCUGCUGCUCGGUGAGGUCGGCGGUGUUGAGGAAUACCGCGUCAUUGAAGCCGUCAAAAAGGGUCAAAUCACCAAACCCAUUGUCGCAUGGGCUAUUGGUACUUGCGCAAGCAUGUUCAAGACGGAAGUCCAAUUCGGUCACGCUGGUGCUUCCGCCAAUUCUCAACUUGAGACGGCCGUCAUGAAGAACAAAUCCAUGAGGGAAGCAGGUUUCUUUGUCCCAGAUACCUUCGAGGAUAUGCCAGCACUUCUGUCUGAAGUUUACCAGAAACUCGUCAAGCAAGGUACCAUCAAGCCGGCUCCCGAACCCGUCCCACCCAAGAUUCCCAUCGACUACGCCUGGGCUCAAGAACUGGGUCUCAUCCGCAAACCUGCCGCUUUCAUCUCUACCAUCUCGGAUGACAGGGGUCAAGAAUUGCUCUACGCGGGUAUGCCAAUCUCCGACGUAUUCAAGGAGGAUAUCGGUAUUGGUGGUGUCAUGUCUCUUUUGUGGUUCCGUCGCAGACUCCCUCCCUAUGCCAGCAAGUUCUUGGAAAUGGUUCUCAUGCUGACUGCCGAUCACGGUCCUGCCGUGUCCGGCGCGAUGAACACCAUCAUCACUACCCGUGCCGGCAAGGAUUUGAUUUCUUCACUGGUUGCUGGUCUCUUGACCAUUGGUUCUCGAUUUGGUGGUGCCCUUGAUGGCGCCGCUGAAGAGUUCACCAAAGCUUUCGACAAGGGCUGGUCUCCCAGAGAAUUCGUUGACACUAUGCGAAAAGAGAACAAACUCAUCCCUGGUAUCGGUCACCGAAUCAAGUCCCGAAACAAUCCCGAUCUCCGUGUCGAACUCGUCAAGGAUUUUGUGUUGAAAAACUUCGCUUCUCAUAAGCUUCUCGAUUAUGCCCUUGCCGUGGAGACUGUCACCACUUCGAAGAAGGACAACCUCAUCCUGAACGUCGACGGAUGCAUUGCAGUAUGCUUCGUAGACUUGAUGAGAAACUGCGGUGCUUUCUCUCCUGAAGAAGCUGAAGAUUAUAUGCGUAUGGGUGUUCUCAACGGGUUGUUCGUUCUUGGUCGUUCCAUCGGUUUGAUCGCACAUUACUUGGAUCAGAAGAGAAACCGCCAAGGACUGUACAGACAUCCAUGGGACGACAUCACCUACCUUCUGCCAACCUUUGCAAAGGGUUCUGGCACAGAACCGCGGGUUGAAGUAUCAGUUUGA